UGAAAGUGGCGCUUUGAAGUUGUUGCGCUGCCGCAAAGAUAAACGCUUCUCUGAUGAAGAAUAUGUCAAGAUUCUCAUGAGACUUCACGCGACAUUACAUCUGAAGCCUUUAUGAACAGCGGAACAUUCGCGAAAGUCUCUCUGAGGCAACAGAAAUGAUUUACAUCGCAAACACUGGAUGAGUUGUAUCUGGGAAUGACUGUUAUUUUUAAUAUCAAAGGCCCUUAUUGUGAAUGACUGAAGUCAUCAUGGCUUACUGGAUCCAACUAAAUUGGAGAAUCUGGUUGUUGGUUCCACUGGCUCUGGGUCAUCUUGCUCUUGCCGGAGAGCCGAAGCCCACCAGAUGGCCUCUUUACCCUCAGAAGCCGCUGGUUCUGGUCUGGAACGCCCCAACUGAAGACUGCAGGCCUCGACACAAAGUCCAUUUCCAGCUGGACCAGUUUCAGAUCGUGGCGUCUCCCAAUCAGGGCUUCACCAAGCAGAACCUCACCAUCUUCUACAAAGAGCGCCUGGGCUUGUAUCCACACUUUGAGCACGGCAUCCCCGUCAAUGGUGGACUGCCUCAGAGUGCCAGCCUCACGGACCACCGGGAGCAGAUGCCAGAGGGGAUUGAGAAGUACAUCCGUGACCCGUUCGCGCGAGGCCUGGCCGUCAUCGACUGGGAGGAAUGGCGUCCGCUGUGGAAUCGCAAUUGGGAGGCCAAAGCCAUAUACAAGACCGAGUCGCAGCGCUUGGUGGCCCUGAAAAACCCGAACUGGACUCCUUCCCAGGUAAAAAAAGUGGCCCAGCAGGAGUUCGAGAUGUCCAGCCGCAAAUUCAUGCUAGAGACGUUGCGUCUGGCCAAAAGCUUGCGUCCCAACCAGCUGUGGGGCUUCUACCUCUUUCCUGACUGUUACAACCACGACUAUCGCAACAGCCUGGAGAACUACACGGGCCGCUGCCCGGAUGUGGAGGUGGUCCGGAACGACAAGCUGGAAUGGCUGUGGACUGAAAGCACAGCCCUGUUUCCUUCAGUAUACAUGGGCUCUGUGUUGCGUUCAACAUCCUUUGGUCGCCAGUUUGUCCGAAACCGGGUGAAAGAGGGAAUGAGAUUGGCAUCGGUGGGGGAGGGACUGGCACGUCCUGUUUUUGUCUACAGCCGCCCUACGUAUGCCAACGAGCUGGAGUUGCUGACAGAGACUGAUUUGGUGUCCACCAUUGGAGAAAGUGUGGCCCUGGGAGCAGCUGGGAUCGUAUUUUGGGGCGAUUCCACUUAUGCCAGCAGCAACGCCAGUUGUUCCAGUUUAAACCAGUUCUUGCGGGGUCCACUGGGCCGAUACCUCCUCAACGUCUCCACAGCAGCCGAGCAGUGCAGUCGGCUCUUGUGUAGUUUCCACGGCCGGUGUCUGCGUAGACAUCAGGACACAGACACGUAUCUCCAUCUUGACCCACAGACACACACAAUAGUUGGCCAGGGCAGUGAACUGCACGUGGAGGGAGAAGUGAACGUGGAAAAGCGGCGGCGGAUGAGGGAGGACUUUCAGUGCCAGUGUUAUAGUGGGUAUCAGGGUGAGGGAUGUGACCUCGAAGACCCUCUUCAGCAGCGGGGACACGGGCGUGCACUAAAAGCAUUAUGGAUUUACCUUCUCAGUCCAUUGCUGCUUCAUUUACUGACCUGAACACACCUCAACUGUUUUCAUGCUCAUGAAAUGUUUGUGUCUCCGAAUGC